AUGGAAAAGUAUUCUGCAUACAACGAUCCUCUUUCUGGAGUAAAUCCAUUUAUCGAUCGAAAAAGGGCGUCGUAUUCGAUACUUGAGUACAUUAAAGCAAUGCUAAAGAUACCGCUACUGGUGGUUAUGCUUGCUACAAACAUCGAUGUCGUGAAAUAUCUUAUCAGGAUCAGAUCGAAUGCAGCAGGAAGGCCACGAAUCUUGGCUGCAAAUUCGUCGUCGUUUCUUGACAUGUAUGUAUUGCGACACUUGACUGGAAUAAGAAACUUUUACUAUGUUACUGAAACAGGCUAUGCUGAUGCCAGCUCAAACAAGUUCACAUCGAAUGUGGUCGAGCCAUGCGUUGUGUUUCCCGAGGGAUGCAGAACAAACAACAGGGCAGUUCUGCAGUUUUCAAGAAAUAUCCGUGUGGAUCAUGUUUGUGGAAUCAAAUACAACGGAGAGUGUGUAAACCUGUAUGGUAGUUGCUUUUGGUUCAUGCUAAGAUUCCUUGCAUCCAACAGCUCUGUGGAUGUCAAAUUUAAGCAAAGCAUGGAUAUUCAAGCCAUCAGCAGGCUCUCUGGCCUUCCACAAGUAAUAUGGUCCGCGAAGGACAGGAAUAGAUUCGUCGAGGAAUUCAUGCAUGGCCCCAAAACACAAAAAAAUCAAUAA